GACGUUUUCAUAGCGAGGGAGCCGGCUGCUGUGGCUGGAAGGGACUCCUGCCUGAAAGAGGAUCCUCUGCACAUUUCUCUUGGAGGGAAAGCAGCAGAGGGCCCUUGAUCCUGGAGAGAAAGCAUCAGAAGGACCAGAGGAGAGUGGUGGGAGUUGCAGUCCAUACUGCUUCAUCCAGAAGUGAUGUCCUCUUCUGAGAAUGCAGCUGGAAAAAGCGCCUGUGGAGGCAAGCCCGAUCCACUGCAGACCCAAGGAGUCUCUUGCCAGGAAGACCCAAAUGGGGGAAACUUGUGGGACACUUUUCAGCUCCUACAGAUCGAUGUGGGUUGUGAAAGCUCAAGGGACCAGGUUGCUUCAAACGAAAACGGAUGUUCGAGAAAUGUUUUGAGAAAACAGAGGCACUGGGAGAAGAUUGUUUCAGCAAAGAAGAGCAAAAGAAAACUUGAGAGAGAAAGGCGAAAAGCAAAACAUGCAGAAGGAAAAGGUUCUGCUCAACAGCUCAGUAAGCGGGAACUAAAAGUGAUUGCAAAAGAGCGCCUUCUGAGUGCCAGAGAAACGGGCCCUUGGCUGUGUAUUGAUUUGAGUAUGACCGCUAACAUGACUCAUAAGGAAACAAGCCGACUUGCCACCCAAAUAAGGCGGCUCUAUGGGUCUAACAAGAAAGCUGAGAGGCCUUUUUGGGUCUCCCUCACGGGGUUUGUAGAAAACAGCCCAAUUUAUGAAGCAUGCCUAAGGAUGAAUGAUGGAUUUGCUAAUUAUCUUAUGGAUGUUACUCCAGAGAGUUAUCUGGACCUGUUUCCUUCAGAAACAAUUGUUUACCUCACCCCAGAUGCUGAGAAUGCUCUUGAGGAGGUGGAUCCGCACAAAGUAUAUAUCCUUGGAGGCUUGGUGGAUGAAAGCAUUCAAAAGAGCCUUACCUUGCACAAAGCCCAAAGAGAGCAUCUGCAGACAGUACGGUUGCCGAUCCAAGAGUACAUGGUAAAGAACACCAAUGCAAAGAACUAUCACUCAACGACACUGGCAGUUAACCAAGUUUUUGAUGCCCUGUUGUGUUUUUAUGCGACCAAGAGCUGGGAAGAAGCCCUCAAAGCUGCAGUUUCUCCUGGAAAAGGUUAUGUCCUUCGGGAGGAGACCAUUUGAAAGAUGCAAGCUGCAAACGUGGGAUAAAGUUCAAAGAAACUUGCACAUUGUUGGAUUGACUCCAAAGUUAGAUUUUGUUUCUAUUUGUGGACCAGCCAGACUACCUUUUUUAUACCCAACUAGAUCACCCCUGCCUUAUUUGACCAAGUCUAUGAAUACAUAAAAUGAAUAAUUAACUUUAAAAUUA